UUAAAUGCAUACGAGAAGUCCAAAAUAUUUAGCGAGGUGAAUAAUUUAAUCAAAGUGCGCUCAAAAUAUGUGGUUCACUAUUACGACUCGUGGUCUUAUCGGGAAUACCUGUACAUCCAAAUGGAGUUGUGUUCGCAAAGUCUGACCAAAAUAAUUGAAAUCAAAGCACAAGUAUUUGAGCGACAAAUAGGAGUUCCCAUGAAUUCUAUUGAAUACUUAAUUUCGUGCGAAAUAUUCCGACAAUUGUUAGAAAGUGUUCAGUAUUUGCAUGAAUUGAAUCCACAAAUCAUUCACAGAGACCUCAAACCCGACAAUAUAUUGAUUGCGAGGGAUGUAAGGAACGGUAGAUUUGUUAAGUUAUGCGACUUUGGUUUGGCUACAGUUCACGACAGACGUGUUAACUAUAGGACUACCAGAAAACAUACGGCAGAUAUCGGGGAUCUAAGAUACCAGGCACCGGAAAUUGGUCAGGACCUUGCGAUUAUUCAGAAACUACUCCAAUAUUAAAUGACCGAGUACAUGAAUUACAAACAACUCUCAUGGCUAUGAUUUCACACCCGCUAUGGGAUAAUAGACCUGAAUGUAGUGAAGUGUUAAACAAAUAUACAGGAUGGUCCAUAAAUAAGGAUUUGAUUUUAUUUGACUCACAAUACGAGUCA